AUGGCCAAGACACCGUCACACCCAGUGACACUGGUCUCGCUGGCUGAGCACUGCAACAUGUGGACUUGGGUCGGUGCGGCAGGGACUCUCUUCGUAGUCACCUCCCUGUGGCAGGGCCAUCGAUCGGGAGCGUUGAAGCCCAGUGGCCCAAGCUGGCUUUUAGCCAUCACAUGCCUGGUGGGCAUGCUUGUGCUUGUCAAGGGAGAGGCCGACAACAUCCGGUCGAUCUCAGGAAUGGCGAUCCCGGAUGUGACAUUCCCGUACGACCGCGACUACGUGCUGAAGUUUGCCGAGGCCAUCGGAAAGGACGGGCGCUCGCGCUACGCCACGUUUCAGCUGGGGCUCGACACGCUUGCCCCGCCAGCCUUCACGUUUUUCACGGGCUUGGCUCUGAACUCCGCGCGGCUGCCAAGCGCCGUCCGCCUUCUGGCGCUGGCGCCGCUCCUUGGGUACUUUACUUCGGUGCUGCUGGCCAACGCCCUCAUGCCAGUCGUCAUGCUCUCCUACCCUGCCUUGGAUGCCCAGCCUGGCGCGGAGCUCCUCCUCAUUCUUGUACCGUGGCUGGACUUCUUGAAGUAUUCCCUCCAUGGCGCCGUGUGGGUCGUGAUCCUUGCGGCGCUGGUCGUCAAAGCCAUCUCCGCUGUCGUCAGGAAACCCUCAAAGGAACUGCAGCAGAAGCGGGACUGA